AUGCCUCCGAUGGCGCAAUUGCUUGAUAUCGUAGCGACUGCACGAAAGUAUGAUCACGGGUCGGGUGUCUCUGAGGAUGAAUGGAACUCCGAAGUCCAAAAUCCCCUCCUAAAACUCGCACGCAACACGUCUACACACCGGCAGACGCUCGAUAUGCACAACGUAAAGACGGCUAGGAUUGAGCCAGCAUCUCUUGCGCGCUCCACUUUACCCGGCCGUGUUGUUGACUACGUUAUUGCACUCAACCCAGACCUGGCCUUGAAGUACAUCUAUCAAAUCGUGGAACCACACCACCCGUGCCCGCCACAAUCCAAUUGCCAUCAAUAUAGAGACCAAUGGCCCCAUGAAGUCGUGGACGGAUGGAAACCCCAGAUCGCAAUAUGGACAGGUGCAUGGCUGAGGAGACUUGCCCAUAUCAAGGGCAACAGUAACGGGCAGUGGCCCGCAUUUCCCCUCCUGAUCGCCCAGGGUCAUGACUGGCACUUACUCAUUGUCUCCAAAAAUGACCAAAUGACCAUUUGGGAACAGGUUGACAUCGGAAGCACAAGGUCGUGCUUUGAUGCGCUGAAGGUCGUCGCAAUCCUUCAUUGGCUUAUGGACUGGGCGGAGAGAGUCUGGCGGCCGUGGCUGCUUUCAUCGCCAGAUUGA